AUGGCUUACGAGAUUAUCGACAACGUCGCGGCUGAAGGGGCUCCCUACUACACACCAGCCCAAGACCCCCCAGCAGGUACACAGACUGACGGCUCAACCAAGCUCUUCACGCCCAUCACCAUCCGUGGCGUCACAUUCCCAAACCGUCUCUUCCUCGCUCCUCUCUGCCAAUAUUCUGCCAAAGAUGGAUAUGCCACUGACUGGCACUUGACUCAUCUCGGCGGCAUCAUCCAACGAGGUCCCGGCUUGUCCAUGGUCGAGGCUACCGCCGUGCAAGACCACGGUCGCAUCACACCUCAAGAUGUCGGUCUGUGGAAGGACGGCCAGAUCGAGCCUCUGAAGCGCAUUACCACUUUUGCGCACAGCCAAAACCAGAAGAUCGGUAUUCAGCUAUCGCAUGCAGGUCGCAAGGCCAGCUGCGUGUCUCCGUGGUUGAGCGUCAACGCUGUCGCCGCUGAAGAAGUCGGUGGAUGGCCCGAUAAGAUCGUUGCCCCUUCGGAAAUUGCACAAGAAGAGGGCGUGAACCCCGUUCCCAAGGCCUUCACGAAAGAAGACAUCGAGCAACUCAAGGCAGAUUACGUGGCAGCAGCCAAACGUGCCAUCCGCGCUGGGUUCGAUGUUAUCGAGAUCCACGCCGCUCACGGAUAUCUGCUGCAUCAAUUCUUGAGUCCGGUCAGCAACCAAAGAACCGACGAGUAUGGUGGCAGCUUCGAAAACCGCAUCAGAGUCGUCUUGGAAAUUCUUGAUCUCGUUCGGGAUGCUAUCCCCGAAACCACCCCUGUACUUGUCCGUGUCAGUGCGACUGAUUGGUUCGAGUAUGACUCUCAGUUCAAAGACGAGUUCCCUGAAAGCUGGACAGUUGAGCAAACCUGCCAACUCGCGCUUCUCCUCCCCGAGCACGGUGUCGACCUGGUUGAUGUCAGCUCAGGCGGCGUCCAUCCCAAAUCCGCCAUCGCUAUUAGGCACGGCCCUGCUUACCAGGUCGACCUCGCUAAGCAGGUCAAGAAGGCGGUGGGCGACAAGUUGCUUGUGUCAGCGGUGGGUGGAAUCAAGACCGGACACCUCGCUGAGGAGGUUCUCCAGUCUGGCAUUGACGUUGUGAGGGCUGGACGCUGGUUCCAGCAGAACCCCGGCUUGGUUCGGGCUUUUGCUAACGAGCUUGGUGUGGAGGUGAAGAUGGCGAACCAGAUUGAUUGGAGCUUCAAAGGUCGCGGAAAGAAAGGAACAAAGAAUGGAACGAAGAAUGGUUCGUAG